CGCAUUUUUUUUAUUUUUGCAGCCAACUCAUGGUAUGUAUAAUGGAGGUGGUUAAGUCAAAACACGCUGACCAUAUCUUAUGAUUCAAUAAUUUGUUUACGAUGUCCAGGUCCUUAUGGGAUGUUUUAUUUCCGGUGAUAUUUAUAAUAUGCAUUAAAUUAGCGUCUUCUGCAGACUUAAAUGCUACAGCUGUUUCAAAUUCAUCACUAAAUUCAUCUGCUGCAUUUCUCAACACUACAGAAACUGCCACAAAUCUUUCCAAUAAAACAGAUUCGGAUGAAAAGUCAUCUGAAGCAUUGAAAAAAGAAGAUGAAAAACAAAUUUUAAAUAAAGAAACCGAAAAAAAUCCGUCUGAAAUAAAUGAACAACUUAAAUUAAAAAAAGAAAAAGAAAAAAAUAACUUCGUUCAAAAAAAUGAAAACGAUAAGAAAAAGGUAAGCAGCACAAUGCAUAAACAAAAUGAAGAAAAAAAUAAAAAAAAAGCAAAGAAAAAGAUGUCUUGGAAAAUCUCCAGCACUUCCCAUUUUUCGAAACCAAGUAAAACAAAAUACAAAGAGUCAGCAAAAGAAAAAGAUUAUGAAGAUGAAGAAUAUGACAGUGAAUACACAAGUACAUCUUAUGAUGACCCCAGUUCUAAUGAAUACCAUGAAAAUGAUGAAUACUAUGCUGGAGAAGGCCACGGUUUUGAUUCAACUUAUACUGAUACAGGUAAUGGUCAACCGCAACAAAUUGACCAAGGCUACAAUUACAACUAUAACAUUCAUCCUAAUAAAAAUCCGCCAAUAGAUUCUCAACUGUACGAGUAUAAAAGUUUUCCAUUACAAAGUUCAGGUCCAUAUCAAUAUCAGAGUUAUGAAGAACCAAACUAUGCGUCAAAUUACUCACCAAACUUAGGUUCUAGCAUUGCAAACAUAGGAAUAGAUGGGGUAGUACCAUCAAUUGGUAACGUUGUUCAAGGUAACAUAGGAACCACGGUCUUGGAACCUGCUUUUAGGAGUACACCCAUUGGUCAAACAUCGUUAGGGUCAACGGGACUUACUCCAGACGAAUAUAGACAACUGGAAGACGGAUUUCAACCAAUUACUUCAAAUCAGCUAGCAAAUCAGCCAGACGAUGUAGGAGCAUUUAGCUAUGUCAAGAAAAGAACCCAAAAUAAUCAUAAAGCUAAAAAAAAGGAUGGAAGAAUUGGACGUAAACAUGUGUCGAAACAAGUUCAUAACACAACCUCCAUAAAGCAUUCAAAAAUCGACAAAACUUACAAAAGAACUAUUAUGAUUGGCAACCGGGUUUGUGGUUCGAAGAAACACAUUGACAUCCAUUAUCAAAGUGAAAUUGCAAAAAAAGGAGAAGUUGUAGAAGAUAUCAGCUCGAGUCUUCGUGCCACAGACAAUUGUUGCAACGAGCAUAAUGAAUGUCAAAGAGUUGUGCCUGCUAAAAGCACUAAAUAUGGUUUUCAAAAUGACAUUGAGUAUGAUAUUAUGGCUUGUUCUUGCGAUGCUAAAUUUCGAGCAUGUUUAAAAAAUGCAAAUUCGUAUACAGCCGAUGCAGUGGGCCAUCUUUAUUUCAAUACAUUAAAAAUACCAUGUUUGACUUUUGAACAGGAGGUUGUUCCUGAUGUAAAAAAUUCAAUAAAAGAGGUAUCGAAUAUUGUUAGUGUUGUUCCUGAUGUUGAAACUGAGCACGAAGUGGUGGGUGGUGCUCAAUUAGUCGUUUCCCCAAGAGGUUUAAGUCGCAUGGAGAAUGAUAGAGAAACGGUGAAGGGCUUAUGGAAUAAACUUAUUAACAAAAUUCCCACAACAUCCAAAGAAAACGUUUUGGAACCUUUUCUAGCUACUUCACCAUUUCGAGCUAAUGCGCAACAAACAGUUCUCAAAACUGAACAAGAAGAUCAAUUAGCUAAUAUGUCAACAAAAAAAAUUGAUCACGAAUCUGAAGCCUUAUCUAAUUUGCAUUAUAACAAGGAAGACCUAUUAUCAGCUUCAUUACCACCCCACAAAGAAGAAUUUUUGGCAACGCAACAAAAAGAACCAGAACAAGCAAAAUCACCACAGCUUCAAAAUGAAAAACAUGUUUUUUAUCUCAAAAAGUUAGCUGAAGAUCAAUCUUUUCAAAAAGAUGAAGAUCAAUCUCGUUACCAAACGGAUCAUUUUCGUAUUCAAAAUGAAUCUGAACAGCUUCGUCUUCAUAAAGAAAACGAAAUUCAAAGUUUGCAAAAAGAAGUUGAACACUUCCAGAAGCAAUCUGAUCAAAAUCAUAUUCAAAAAGACAUUUAUUUAGCUAAAUUUCAGAAGGAAGUAGAGCAACCUCGUAUUCAAAAAGAGAUUGAGCAAAAUCGUCCUGGUUUAGAAAUAGAGCAGCAGAGGAUUCGCUUGCAAAAAGAAAUUGAACAAAUGCAGGAGCAAGAAAAUAACUUAGAAAAAAUUAAGAAAAGAAAAAGACCGAAUAUAAUGAAUCCAAAUCCUAGUCCAAACAAUCCUAACCCAUACAGUAAAUUGAGAGGUGUGGUAACAGUUCCAGAGGCUUAUUAUCCAAGAGUUUCUUUAUACCGAUAAGAAUAACAUUAUUUUUAAUUGAACUUUAUUUUUACUAAAGUUAACAAGACUUUAAAAAGUGAAAGAGUAGAAUAAAAGAUUUUUUAAUUUUAUUUGUAUUAUUGAGAAAUAACUCGUAAUAAAUUAAUGUUAAACUUCA